UUCAUUCGUUACAAUAGGAGUCCAAAUAGUAUUAGCUAAAACUUGUCAAAAAAGUUAAAGUUUUUUUCCCCGAAUUUAUAUAGAAAGGCGUAAAUUUGCUGUUUUAGAUUUGUUUUGAAAUUGAAAUUAUGAAACGCUUGAACAUAUGUGGCGCAUUCUUGGCGCUCUCUGGUCCCGGAACCAAGGAGGACAUCAUCAUUCAGGUGGCCAAGCAACAAAAUAUCCGCUUCAAUGAUCUGCCCCAGCUGCAGAAGGAGGUGGACCGUGCGCUGGAGGAGAGCUUGCGCCUCGGCUUCGUCGAUCGUCAAGGUCAAAUCUACAAGCUCAACAUAGACGGGCAUAACAAGCCGAGUGCAAAAAGUUCAACCAACAACAAAUCGAUGGCGGCCAACGCCAGCAUAGAGACCUCCAUCCAAGCGCACCCGACUGCCGAGAACAAGGCGCAGGGCCAGGGCGACACCGCGCGCAGUCGCUCACUGGUUGACAACUGCACCCGCAUCAAGUCGCGCACCUCAUCAUGCUCCGCUUGCAGCGCCUUGGACUUUGUUAGCACCCAGGACAGGCGCAAGAAUGCCCACUUUCUGGACAAGCACCUGUUGCGCAAGGAAAAAAGCGUUUGCUCCAUUUGCGGCCUAAACAGCGAGAAACGCGGCGUCGAUGGACAGGAGCCAGAAACCACAACAAAUAAUUGAAAUCGAAUAUUUUAAAGUUUUGAAAUUUUCGGUUUUAUCCCACAAAAAUUCGAAGACGUCGGUUAGCAUGCUCCAACCCAAUCACAUUGACCAUAAUUGACCCAUAAACUUUUUUUAUUGCGUGUAGCAAUUAUUUUUUGAUUCAUACGAAUAAACAGCUACGAACCCA